AUGCCACCCCGUCGUUCAGGCCGGACUCGCGCAUCUGUCGAGCCGGAAUCUGUUGUCCCACCUACAACGCCGAAACGCAAGCGCAAUGGUGCGCACGAGCCGGAGCAAGAGAACAUCAAGCCCGCGUCGAGGACGCGUCGAUCCACAUCCGCCCAACCGAUGCCUCCUCAAACUGCCAAAGGGCCUGCCUCGACGCGCUCAAGGCCUUCUUUAGAGCAGGUACUGGAGUCUGACGAAGAAGUGCACGAAGAGCCCGCCCGACCGGCGAAAAAGUCGCGUCCAUCGCUUGAACCUGAAGGGAGCGAUUCCAACGAUGAG